UGUGUGUGUGUGUUUCUCCUGUGUGUGUGUGUGUGUGUGUGUUCACUUCCUGCUGCAGGCGGAUCAAUGAUGCUGUUGUUUCCAGCUUCCACCAAUCACAGCGCCCCGUCUGACUGAUGGAGGCGGGGCUGGUCUCUCUCUCUCUCUCUCUCUCUCUCUCUCUCUCUCUCUCUCUCCCUCUCUCUGUGAGCAGGCUCCUCCCUGUUGAGUGAUGUCACACUGACCCUCCCCCUCCCCCCUCCUGUCUGUGUGGAGGUGGGAGGUAGAGACCUGGACCUGCAGAGACUCGGGGACCUGAGGAGCGACUCGUCAUGGACUCUGGCAUUCAGGCUCUGGAGCUGACGGGUGUUCUGAUAGGUGGAGGGGCGUGGCUGUGUUCGCUCGCCACCACCCUGAUGACAUCAUGGCUCACGCUUUCCACGGAACUGCUACCCACCGAGUCGUACCAGCUGGGCCUGUGGGAGACCUGCGUGGUCCAGGACCUGGGGGGUCUUGAGUGCAGACCCUAUGACUCACUGCUGGGCCUCCCCCCUGACAUCAGGCUGGCCCGGAUCCUCAUGGUCCUCACGCUGUGGGCGGGGCUUCUCGGGCUCCUGCUGGCCAUCCCCGGCCUACACGCCAUCGCCUGCUGCCCAGAGAGGACCACCAGCCGCCACAAGAGGGUGCUGAAGGGGGUCGGGGGAGCGCUGGGCCUGGUGGCAGGGGUCCUGGGUCUGGUUCCCGUCUCUUACAUGGCCCACCUUACCGUCCUGAGGUUCUUCGACGAGUCCGUCCCCGAGGUCGUCCCCCGCUGGGAGUUUGGAGACGCUCUGUUCUGCGGCUGGACGGGGGCAGUCCUGCACCUAGGGGGCGGGGCCCUGCUCAUCUCUUCCUGUUUGUAUCUGCAGAGAGAAACCCGCAACCCCACGACCCCCAUUCCUCUAGUCCGGGUGCCGCCAGUACCGCCUCCCUUCAGGACCAGGACUGAGUACGUCUGAGACCCUCAGACCUGGACCCGGUCUUAAAGGGGUCUGCAGGAUAAUCCAGUGAGACCGGCUGCAGGUUUUUAUAAUCACCUUCAAUCAGGAACGAUUGUUUCUCUGUCUAAAGAGUUCUUAAAGAUUAAAAUACAUUGUAUAAGAAUUUAUUUGUGUGUGUG